ACAGGUGGUUUAAUGAUUUAAAGAGUGUGUACGUAAACAUAUGCACGUUGGUAAUACAUCACACGGUGUGAAGUAAUGGCAACGUAAAUACAGACUUUACAGUCGGAGCACACAGACAAACCUGCAUUUCUCUUGUCUUACUGAACAGGAGGGAAUCAAAUCCCCUCCCCUUUCCAAUAAGACGCGCUUUCAAAUGCUAGAACCGGCUGCAAGCUGACACUGCUCUGGCUCUUACCUGGAAAAGAAGUCCAUUAUCAGCAGCUCACCUAUGAUACAUUAGCUGUCUAGACAUUCUAUUAGGGGAAACUAUUGUGCAAAGGCGAAUAAUUGCUUUUUCUUUAAUGCUUGAUAGAUGUAUCAUAAAUUACCAAAGUAGAUAAUGAUUUCAUUAGACUAUUUCCUGGGAAGUUUGGGAUUCUGUGUUCUAUCAGGUGAUGUCAAUUAGCUCCCGGUCAAAGCUAGAAGGAUGGAGCGUCUGACUCCUGCCAACUGCACAGGGCCGCCUUGGGCUCUUCCACUCUGAAUGCUGGGUAGUGACUCCCAAGGUAACUUGGUCUUGCCACUCUUGUUCCCACUCUGGUGCUGGGAAAGCACCGUGUCCCCUCCAGCCACGGCUGCAGCGUCAGCGCCGGGAAUCCUCCCAGGGAGGCGGUAGAUGCAGGUCGCGGUCCCAGGCAGUAACGUCCAGGGAAGCAUCGCCUUCCCUGGCUUGGACCUUUUCCCGUCGGAUUGCCAGCAGCCCCUCCUCCAGGCAGGAGGGAGGGGGAGAACCACACGGGACUUCCUUCCCAUUUAAAGGUCGCCAGGGUCCCACUUUCAGGACAACCCUCGAAGGGACCCAGGUCGACGACGCUUCCCUUGGCGCCGCUGUUGGGGACAGACUCCGAACGGUGGGCCGCUGGCUGCGGGGCCCCGCCGUUCCCUGACGCCUUUCCCCGGUGACCCCAAGGCGGCGGCGCACUUGUCACCGUGGGUGACCGAGAGGGGACGGCGGGGGGCGGGCCCCGCGGGGCAGGUGGGCGCGGCCGGCGAGGGCAGAGGCAGCAAGUGGUUGGGCCGUGCGCAGUCCGUCCUGCGCGGCGCCGGCGCGGGUGCCCGGUGCGCCGCACCCUCCGCUCCGCUGCGCCACCCGCCCGCCGUGCGCCCAUGUCUCUGCCCGUGGUGCUCCCGGGUUCCUGCUGCCCGGUGGCGGGGCUGUCGGGCGGACCUCAGGCCGGGGGUCCUGGCGCCUCGACCGCCGCCGCCCAGGAGCCGCCACUGCCCCCGCUGCGGCCGCGCUGGCCCCGGGGCGCUCUGCAGCCUCCAGCCCGGCCCCGCUGCGCCCCCGCGGCUGUGCUGGCCCCGCCGCCCGCGCUCGCGUCCCGCCGCCCCGCCGCGCCCGGCUCCGCGCUGCUGCCGGCUCGCCCGCUGCUGUCGCUCGGGCUGCUGCAGCUGAUUCUAGGCUGCUGCAUGGUGGCGCUCAGCUUCGGGGCACUGUCGCUGAGCAGCUCGCCGCAGGUGAAGAACUCAUGCCCGUUCUGGGCCGGCUCCUCUGUGAUACUCUCUGGAAUCAUUGGAUUGACAACUUGGAAAAGGCCUAUGAUACUCCUGGUAAAUCUUUUCGUGUUGCUCUCUGUGGUUUGCAUCCUCUUAAAUCUUGCAGGAUUCAUCUUAGGCUGUCAAGGAGCACAGUUUGUGUCUAGUGUGCCCAGAUGUGACCUGGUGGACUUAGGUGAAGGCAAGAUCUGCUUCUGUUGUGAAGAAUUUCAACCAGCCAAAUGCACAGACAAAGAAAAUGCCUUGAAACUCUUUCCAGUCCAGCCUUGCAGUGCUGUUCACCUUCUGCUUAAGAAAGUUCUGUUUGCCCUGUGUGCCUUGAAUGCCCUGACCACCACGGUGUGUUUAGUGGCUGCUGCCCUGCGCUACCUCCAGAUCUUCGCCAGCAGAAGGCCUUGCAUUGAUGAAUCCCAGAUGUCUGUGGAAGAAGUGGAAGAACACGGACAGAUUCCAGACCCAGAUGACUUUGUGCCGCCGGUGCCUCCCCCUUCCUACUUUGCCACGUUUUACUCCUGCACCCCGCGGAUGAACCGCAGGAUGGUGGGUCCUGAUGUCAUCCCUCUGCCACACAUCUAUGGAGCACGAAUCAAGGGUGUGGAAGUGUUCUGUCCUCUGGAACCCCCACCUCCGUAUGAAGCUGUGGUGAGCCAGAUCGACCAGGAACAGGAGUCUUCAUUCCCAACGCCAGAAGGACCAGAAGCUGCUGCGAGCCCCCUGGAGCCAGUUUGCACACAAAUGACUCAAGGUGGGGUUCUUCCUAAUACAGCUGGUGAAGAAAACACGUCUGCAUCAACUCCCGUUUCCAUCCUGGUGCAACCUCCCAGGAGCCGGAGGGCCUUCCCACCUCUGAGGACAAGGUCAAGAAGCGACCCUUUGCUUCACCACUCGGAGGAGAGAGCCACCCCAGUGCUCAGCUGCGAAGCUGCAACUCAGACAGACAGGAGGCUAGAUCUGGCGGCGGUGACCCUGAGGAGAAGUGUGAGGCCAAGGGCAUCGAGAUGCAGACCCCGCUCUUUGAUAGAUUACAGGUCUUACAUAGACACCAAGCUGCUAGUGGCCAGGUUCCUGGAGCAGUCCUCCUGCAGCAUGACUCCGGACAUCCAUGAACUUGUAGAAAACAUAAAGUCUGUUCUGAAGUCUGAUGAGGAGCACAUGGAGGAAGCCAUCACAAGUGCCAGUUUCCUAGAACAGAUAAUGGCCCCAUCACAGCCCAGCACUUCCCAGGCCCAUGUGCUGACCUCGAGGAGACAGCCAGGUGUGCUGCACCUUCGCAGCUGUGGAGACCUGAGCACCUUCUCCCUGGUGGGAAGGCCUAAAGCUGAGAGGAGACCCCAGCAGCGAGCUGAGGCUGAGCGGCCACACAGCCUCAUCGGUGUCAUUCGAGAGACUGUCCUGUGAACUGAGGGACAUGGAAGGCCAGUCCAAAGGAUGGAUGUCCUUCCUCAGUGCUGUUUACUUUCUGGGAGUUGGGGGUCCCUCCUGGGAACCUUUCAACAGGGGUCCUUGGGAGAACAUUUAUUCCUGCUCUUUGGCUCCUUUUUGUGCUGAUGAGGGCACUAAGGUGAACUGGGGUGAAGUAGGUCCCUUCCGGUAGGUGUGCUCCCAGUUGGAAGUGAAAGCGUGGAGCUCUCCAUUUUCUGCUGCAUCUUGCGGCAUCCCCGGGGCACGCACUGGGUGAGCAGAAAACAGGCUCAAGAGUCUCUGCCUGCCUCACCCCUUAUGGCUCUUGUUGUUGCCAAGUUCAUUCCCUUGCUGUAAGGGGAGAGCUGCUGGGCUAUUUAUAGCUGCCUGUGGCCUUUGGCUGCUCAGUGAGAGGAAUUGGCAGGAGACAUGAGGAUUAACCCCAUGUGACUGCAGUCCUCCAGCCUCCUUUGGGUUACCCCCCAAUCCCACCCUCUUGAGGAAAAACCGGAGACCUGCUAAAUGGUGAUUUUUUAAUGAAGGGCAUUAAGGGAGAGGACUGUGGUUGAUCCCAUUUAUUCAUGCUUGCAAACUAGACCACCUAAGAACGAACAGAAUAAAGUGUUACUUUGGAA